AGAGUCAGUCUCGCGGAGGGCGGGUCAGCUGCACCUGGCAGACAGAACUCGGGGAGAAGUCUACCGGUUCUAAAGGACCCGUAUUUCCGCUGUGGUCGUGGUUCCGUCAGUCUCCCGUUAGCUCCCGUUAGCCGAACUGAAGCUCAGAGUUCGUGUGGAACCUCCUGAAGAACCCGCGGACUCUUUUAUCUCCGGUUCUGUCGGAUCACUGUGAAAUGGCGCCUCGCAGAGUCCCGGGCCGGCUAGCUGGAAGCUAACGCCGUCUGCAACUAGCUUUAGCUGCCAUUAGCUUCCCGUCGCGCUAUCUACCAGCGCACCGCUAGCGCGCUAACAGUGCUAAGCAGCUAGCUGUUGCUUGUUUGUUCUGGUGAAAAGACAGAGAAGAAGACGUCAGCAUGGACACACGGCCGCGGAGGAAAUAACCAGUUUCAGCCGAAGAAGUUGGUCGGUCAGCUCGCUGUGAAUCAGACUCUGCAGACCUUAAUCUGACCCCGGGUCAGAGCUUUACCUUCUCUGAGGAGCCCCGCAGCCGCCAUGCUGACCUAGAACCAGCUGUCUGUGCAGUGUGAAUAAUCCAGAGACCAUGUCUGAGAACCAGGCCAACAACAACAACGUCCCCCUGAACAACAACAACAACAACAUGGGACCCAACAGGAUCCGAAACCCCAACAUCAACCAGAACCCCCUCAUCAACGUCCGAGACCGCCUCUUCCACGCCCUCUUCUUCAAGAUGGCCGUCACAUACGCCCGCCUGUUCCCGCCGUCCUUCAGGAGAGUCUUUGAGUUCUUCGUCCUGCUCAAGGCGCUCUUCGUCCUCUUCAUCCUCGCCUACAUCCACAUCGCCUUCUCUCGCUCGCCCAUCAACUGUCUGGAGGUAGUGAGGGAGCGCUGGCCCCGUGACGGCAUCCUGCGGGUGGAGAUCCAGAGGAACUCCAGCCGAGCCUCCGUUUUCCUGCAGUACUACGACUCCACGGGCCUCCAGGAGGAGCUGGAGGCCGAGGGGGGCGGAGGAGGAGGAGCGGGCGGGCUCGGUCUGGCAGCGCUGCAGGAGGAAGAGGAGGACGAGGAGGAGAUGACCCUGGAGAUGUUUGACAACAGCUCAGUGCAGUUUGAGCUGGACAUCGAGCCGCGUCUGAAGCCGUCUCUGAUUGGAGGAGGUGGAGGAGGAGGAGGAGGAGCAGGAGGAGUGAACGACAGCCAGGACGUCUCCUUCAGCCAGACCACUAAAGGUAUGCAGCUGCUGAAGGACUCUCUGUCUGAGCUGGAGAUGAUGACCCGAGCAGUGUGGCCUCAGGAGGAGUACAUCGUGGAGUACUCGCUGGAGUACGGCUUCCUGCGUUUGUCUCAGAGCACCAGGCAGAGACUCAACAUCCCCGUCAUGGUGGUCACUCUAGAUCCCAUGAAGGACGAGUGUUUUGGUGACGGCUUCAGUCGCUUCCUGCUCGAUGAGUUUUUGGGCUACGACGACAUCCUCAUGUCCAGCGUGAAGGCGCUCGCCGAGAACGAGGAGAACAAAGGGUUCCUGAGGAACGUGGUGUCUGGAGAACAUUACCGCUUCGUCAGCAUGUGGAUGGCCAGAACCUCCUACCUGGCUGCCUUCGUCAUCAUGGUCAUAUUUACUCUGUCAGUGUCGAUGCUGCUCAGAUACUCUCACCACCAGAUCUUCGUCUUCAUCGUUGAUCUUCUCCAGAUGCUGGAGAUGAACAUGACCAUCGCCUUCCCAGCAGCCCCUCUGCUCACCGUCAUCCUGGCCCUCGUCGGUAUGGAGGCCAUUAUGUCGGAGUUCUUCAACGACACGACGACGGCCUUCUACAUCAUCCUCAUCGUCUGGUUGGCCGAUCAGUACGAUGCCAUCUGCUGCCACACCAACACCAGCAAACGCCACUGGCUGAGGUGA